AAUCAUUUCAAGCGAGGAGGAGCCCAUGCUCAGAGGGAAAGUUUGUUUAAAGAUGUGCAGCUCAAGCUCAAAGCCCAAGUGACGUCAAUUAUACAUUUUUUUAAUAGGCUUAAAUUACGUGAGUUUUUUUUUCUUAUUCCUGUUUUUACCUCGAGAGUUGCGGUGACCCUCCCGACAUCCCGUCUUAAACCAACCACCAUUUAUAGCCUUGCGGUCACAAACAAUCUUAUUAUGAGAUUUAAACUUUGCCUCGACGUGUCUGAAGGAUGAAGAUGAGCUGCUCUCGCAGUUAUUCCCCCUCCUGAUACCGUGAAAAACCUGCCUUCCUACACGCCUCCUUUGAUUGCGGUUAAACGCUGGUGUCAGCUCUCGGUGCGACAGAAAGACCCAAAAGCAGGACUCUUGGUCUCCUCAGAAUACAGAGAAGACGAGCAGCGCGAGGAGCUCAGCCCUGAACCAAAUCACUCCGCUUUGUGGAUCUCUGAGGCUGCACACAGGCGCGUCCUCUUGAACAUUUGGAUUCCUCCUUUGACAUGUUUCUUUUAGACACGUCUUCACAUCCAGUGAGCUGUCAGCUCCUGCUAUCGUGAAGCAGAGUUUAACAGAGAAGUCAGGGGACAUCUGAACGGCUGGAGGCCACCGGGGAUGCUUUCUCCCACCGAGGAUUGCAGCCCAGAUUACAGAGGUUGAUCUUCUGUGCACAUGAGUCACAGUGAGGAGGGAACUGACAGAAUCACCAAGAUGAUGCUGUUUGAUGAGGUCUACUUCUAAAGGGAAAAAAGGCACAAGCUAAAGUGGAAGAAUCUGUUUUUGAACAUUGCCACAAGUCUCAAUGAAACAAACCAAGAAGAGAUACCCCACAUUUAUCUGUUGAUGCUUCAGGACUAUAUACAUCCUCAAUCAUCCAUCAAUGCAGCAGCGACAAAUAAAAGGACUGUUUCUGGCCCUGAGAGCAGCUGAACAUCCAGCUGAUUUUUUGACAAGGACCCUUAAAAGGUUUUGAAACAGUGGCAUUGCCCUCCUUUGACACUUUUUGGCCCUGCACAUGACUUUCAAAGACGCACCGAUGGCCUGCAGCUCAGGCAUGGUGAUGAGUGCCUUGUUUUGGUCUGUAACUAUUGUAUAUCUGACUCAUGUUGGGAGAGUGAAUGGAGACUGCUGGUUAAUCGAGGGAGAAAAGGGCUUUGUCUGGCUUGCAAUUUGUAGCCAAAACCAACCACCAUUUGAGGCCAUCCCACAGCAUAUCAACAGCACCAUCGUAGACCUUCGUCUUAACGAAAACAAAAUAAAAAGUAUCCAUUAUUCUGCCCUUAGCCGCUUUGCCAACUUAACCUACCUGAACUUGACCAAGAAUGAAAUUUCCUACAUAGAGGAUGGGGCCUUCUCUGCUCAGUUUAACCUACAAGUACUUCAAAUGGGCUUCAACAAGCUACGGAACCUGACAGAGGGGAUUCUCCGGGGUCUGGGAAAGCUGCAGUACCUCUACCUCCAGGCAAACCUGAUUGAGACUGUGACACCUAAUGCCUUUUGGGAGUGCCCAAACAUCGAGAACAUCGAUCUCUCCAUGAAUCGCAUCCAGCAGUUGGAUGGGUCCACCUUUACCAGUUUAACUAAACUAACCACCUGUGAGCUGUACACCAACCCUUUCAACUGCUCCUGUGAGUUACUGGGAUUUGUGAAAUGGCUCUCAAUUUUCCCAAACCGUACCAACGAGCGAAUGGUGUGCGACUCCCCACCUGGCGUCUCAGGAUACAGUUUACUGAGCCAGAAUCCCAACAACCCAACGUACCGAAAUGCCCUCCACAUGCUGAAAACUGUGUGUACCGAUGACUAUGUGACACCAUUCAUCUCUAUUUCUAUCGAGUCCACAACAAUGCCACCCGACUCAACGCUUUGUGGGAUGGAUGAAUGUCCGUCAGGCACCGAACCAGAGGACAUUACUGUUAGUACCACGGAAAACGAGGUGCAAGGAAAACUUAAGAUGGAACUGAAGGAAAUAACAAAAGCAGGGGCAACAAUUACUAUUCAGAUUCCUGAUCCAUACAAAAAGAUGUACAUCCUGGCUCUGUACAACAACAGCUUUUUCACAGAUAUUCAAAACCUGAAAGACAAAAAGGAGGACAUUGAGCUAAAAAACCUGAAACCACACAUAAACUACACAUACUGCAUCGUUUCAAUACGCAAUUCUCUAAGACACAAUCACACCUGCCUAAUUGUUUCUACAAACCCUCGGAAUGGAAAAGAAAGAAUUGUAAAUCCUGCAACUGCUACUCACUACAUUAUGACAAUUUUAGGUUGCCUCUUUAGUAUGGUCAUUUUUCUUGGGGUUGUUUAUUACUGCCUGCGAAGAAAGCGCCAGCAAGAAGAAAAGCACAAAAAAGAAGGCAGCCUAAAGAAAAAUAUAAUGGAACUAAAGUAUGGUCAAGAACUGGAAGGUGGGACUAUUUCUCGAAUGUCGCAAAAGCAGUUAUUGGCCGGGGAAAGCAUGGGAAGAAUGCCAUACUUACCAUCUACUGGUGAAAUGGAGCAGUAUAAAUUCCAGGAGAUAAGUGAGACUCCGAAAAUGAUCAAGGGAAACUACAUGGAUGUCAGAAGUAUGGAUCACCACGAGCGUAGAGAGUGUGAUCUGGGAAUGGCCGGGAACAGUCAAGGAUCAGUAGCUGAAAUUUCAACAAUUGCAAAAGAGGUAGAUAAAGUCAAUCAGAUCAUUAACAACUGCAUAGAUGCCCUUAAGUCUGAAUCCACUUCAUUUCAGGGGGUUAAAUCUGGAGCUGUGUCUACCGCAGAACCUCAACUUGUCCUAAUAUCAGAGCACCCUCAGAAUAAAUCUGGUCUUUUAUCCCCAGUUUAUAAAGAUAGCUACCACCACUCUCUGCAGAGGCAUCGAAGUUCCGAUGUCUCUCCUAAGAGACCCAGCACUGCCACAGGAGGACCCAUGAGAAGUCCAAGGCCUUAUCGCUCUGAAUCCAAGUACAUAGAAAAAGCUUCCCCAACUGGAGAGACCAUCCUCACUGUAACACCAGCUGCUGCCAUCCUCAGGGCUGAGGCAGAGAAGAUCCGCCAGUACGGUGAGCACAGGCACUCAUACCCCGAUGCUCAGAUAGAAGAACUGGAAGGCCCCGACAGCCACAAGUUAUUGGAUCCUCUCACUCACUCCCGCUCCAGAGACUUAGCAUUUUCCCAAAUGCCGUCUCAGUAUCACAAUCUAAGCUACUCCUCCAGUCCUGAAUACUACUGCAAACCCUCACACAGCAUCUGGGAGCGCUUCAGACUCCACCGAAAACGCCAUAAAGAUGAGGAGUACAUGGCUGCUGGCCAUGCACUGCGAAAGAAAGUCCAGUUUGCAAAGGACGAGGACCUGCAUGACAUUUUAGACUACUGGAAAGGAGUUUCAGCUCAAAAUAAAUCAUAACCCAUUUAGGUGUUUUUAAAAUGGACUUUUAUUUUGUUGAAAUGACACAUGAACCUCAUCUCUGACAACUAAAUCAGUGGAUACUUUCAUGUUAUAAUCAGCUAGUCACUCGCGCGUAUCGCAUUCUCUCUUGACUGUGAAGAAAAUGGGGUGAAGAUUCUUUGAAUUUUUCACAUAGUGUAAAGAAUUCACCAGGAGAAAUUUGUUGAGAAAUAAUAAUAAUAAUAAUAAUAUAUAUAUAAAUAUAUGUUAUAUGGAUAAUAGGUUUUGGGUAUCGCAUGGCCAAGUCCUGUGACAGUGGAUUUGCUGUUGUGUACAAUGGAACUACUCUACGAAGAUACUGGCACCUCAAUAUUUUUUGAGAACUAUCUGGACCCAUUUCAACAAAACACUUUUUCCCUCCCCCUUGCAUAUAUUUAAUUCAUAACUAUGUACAGAUAUGGCUUUCUAUAUUUGAAAUGUUUGCUGUGUAAAUGGUGAAUUGUUAAUGGAUGAAUCAGGUUUAUCAAACAGAGCGCUGUUCAUAUAGGUUAUCUUGUUUGUUUGCUGUGGAAGGGCGAGUCUAUUUUAAACCUGUCGCAACAUUUGUCAUUUUAAACCGUCGCCACCUGUUGUGUGUCCUUUUGUUUUGUUAACGGUUUGACACGAUUCAAACGGAUUCGGUUCUAAGACCCCUGAAUCACACUGUGCGUACUUCACCGGAUGGAUCCUGAUGGACUUCCUGCUGACUAAAGUGCAGCAUAAAUCAUGCAGUGGUGAGCAUCUGUUCCGACGGUUGCACAAACUGUUUUCUAGAACCAAAGUAGAGAAUAACUGAAAUGUUUACAAAAUCCCUGCAAGAUCUGAAGAUCACACAAACAAAAAGGGGGACUCACACAGAUUUACUUGCAUUUUGUUUUUUUCAGACCUUUCCUCACAAGAUAGUUUGAAAGUAUCCAAACACAGGAUAUGACAUAAAAGCCUACUAUUAAUCUUGAGUAUUUCAAAGGGAAGGCAGCUGUUCUUUGUCAAUUGUUGAUUUCAGGUACAGCUGUUCUACCCUGCAGGGGAGCCCGAUGGAUGAAUGUAUUCAAUACAUAUUCCGAUCUGUCUACGGCAGCUUUUAUGUACAUUUUCAAAAGAAAUCAUUUAUUUCUUGCAAUUAACAACUGUGUUUUGUUUUGGUUUUCUUUCUUCCAGUGUAUUAUAUUGCAUAAUAUGUAAACUAAUAAAUAACAGAAGGUAGUUUGUUAUCCAGAUGGGCCUUGUCGUUUGCUGAGAGGUUAUAUGUUAUUUUUAUCCGCUUAGGCUGUUGAACCUUUUUUGUAAAUUAUGAAAGCUAAAUACACAGAUAAUUAUUAAACAUGCUAGAGUUAAAAUUGAGAAUGUGACACUGAAUCUUCUGACUUACUGGCUGUGAUUUUGUAUAUCUUGAUAUGUUUGUUUGUUUUUGUAACUUUUUUAUUUUUUACUCCAACCAGGCUCAUGAUGUUUCAUCACAUCUAUCUAAAUGGAGGCUAAAUAGGAAAGAAAAGACUUUUCGAUGGCCAAACUGACAUGUAGAGUUGUUUUAUUCUUUUUUUAGGGUUUUCUCGUAAAAUCUAUUAAGGUUUUUGGGAAAGACAAACCUUGCAGUCAAAAAGUAAAGAAAGGAAAACACAGGCCGCCAUUGUAGAAAAACAGGCUCAAUUUAUCUCCAAUUGUCAACAAGUCUUCAUUUUGGAGUUUUCCUUUCAGUAGAGUUAGAUUUAUUCACAUGUAAGCUGUUGGAAAAUGGCUUUUUUGUUCAAAUGGUUCAUGCUUAAACUGAGCUGCUUCAGAUAAUUCUAAAUUUAUUACCAUUUCCAUCUAAACUGAACAUAAAGUAUACCAGUCACAAAAUAAAGUAAUAGGGGACUGAGAUUUCAAAUAUAUCUAUUACAAAGUUCAUGAAGAUUUUGCUGCAGGUGUAACAAGAAACAAUUAGGAAUCAAUUUUGAAAUAUUUGUGACAUCGUAACAUUAAGUCAGACUGUUAUGAUGCUGUUAUUUUCCAUUUAUGGCAAAUCAUGAGCCUGUUGUGGAUUUUCCAUGUAAGCACUUUGUUAUUAUUUAACUGGGUCGUUUAACUUAAUAUUUCAACCGCCUUAAGAUUUUGGAAUUUGUGUAAAAGUGUAAAUUUCUUUUUUUUCUUUUUUUUUUAUCAUAUUGUUACUGUCAUUCAGACUCCAUUUGUUACUUUUAUAAAUGCAUUUCACAGUUUUCUGAGAGCUGUCAGGGUUUAAGUUCAUUUAGCUAUUUACCGACAUGUUUUUAUACUGCAUAUUGUAGCACUUCUGUGUCUAAUAAGAGUUUAAAUAUUGAGAAUACCUUUAGAAGAAUCAACAGUUGAUGUUCAAGUGCAUCAAAAACAAACAAGAGCACAAUAUUGUGUUUUUUAUUCAUUUCCUAAUGCUAUGUUAUCUGCUUUCGGAAAAAGUACUGUGAAAUAAAGUCAAGGGUGCACAUAAGAUCA